AUGACUUGGGGCCAUGUCCAUCACCCAAAUGGUUGGUUCACUCCUCGUGUAUACUCAGCAACAAAUGUUUCGACUGCUCAACAAGGCCAAAAUGACCUCGGCCGAAUCACGGCCGUCGACCAAAAUGAUUUCGGCCGAGACUCGGCCAGCUGUCCCAACAAUGUGUUGGUUGAAGAUGUUAGGAAAGGUAUUGGAGGACCAGUUUUGAAGCAAAAUCCGGCCACUUCAUUGGAAUUCCAACAAUUCAUGCAUGCCAUGGAGACAAUGGCACAGACAAUGGCCACUCAAAAUGCUCAAAUCAAUGAGAGGUUUGAUUGA